CUUAUCAUUCCGGGUGGAAGCCAGCGGAAGAUUAAGUGAAUUUUUAUUGACUUUAGCAGGGUUGGGAUUCGUCCUCAUUACAAAUCAUGAGUACGAAGGAAGUCAAAUUGUACAGUUCAUGGUUCUGUCCUUUUGCUCAGCGUGCAUGGAUAGCUUUGUUGGAAAAGAAGGUGAACUUUCAGUACAUGGAAAUUGAUCCAUACAAUAAAACCAAGGAAUUUCUCUCUAUCAAUCCUCGAGGAUUAGUCCCCGUGAUUGUGAACAAUGGCAAGUGUGUCUAUGAAUCAUCCAUCUGUAUAGAGUAUGUUGACGAAGCUUGGAGGAACCAAGACACUGAUUUAAUGCCUUCAGAUCCGUAUGAAAGAGCUCGUUUGCGCAUUUGGUCAGAUUUCAUUAGUCGUAAAAUUAUACCUGCGUUUUACCAAUAUCUGAUGCGUCAAUCUCUCCUGAAUCAUCUAGAGACCCUAACCUCUGAGAUGUCUGACAGCGGUCCCUUCUUUCAAAGCUCUCUGUUUGGCUUGGUCGACAUAAUGCUGGUGCCUUUCACGAUCCGUUUUGAUAUGCUGAAACAUUUUCGGGGUUUUGAACUGCCAGAAACGCAAAUUUUCCAGAGACUAAGAAGGUGGAUGGAAGCAGCACAUUCAAGAGAAACUGUAAAAGCCACAAUGGCCGAUGGAAAGAAAUUGAUUGACAAAUACCAGCGAUAUGCUGACGAUUCUGUCAAAUCUGAAGUAGCUGAUGCAAUAAGAAAAGGAACAGCCCUUCCGUAGAUUAGUGUUUCAGAAACAACAUACCUACAUUGUCGAUGUCUUCUAAUCGUUGUUAUUAUUAAAUAAUAAUCAUAUUUGUACCUUU